AUGGUAGUUAAUUCAAUUCCUAUUGUUGACUUUGCCAACUUCAAAACAAACCCCAAGAAAGUAGCUCAAGACGUGUUUGAAGCAUGUAAAUCCAUCGGGUUCUUUUAUAUGGUUCAUCAUGAUAUUCCACAACAAGAUAUCGAUAAAGCAUUUGAAUUGAGCAAAGCCUUUUUUGACUUGCCGAAAGAAAAGAAGCGCAACUAUUUAAUCCAAGAGGACAAUCACGGUUAUUCUGAACUCUACAGUGAAACAUUGGAUCCCGAGCAUCAAAGACAAGGUGACCAUAAAGAAAACUUCAAGAACGGUCAACCAUUCGCACCUCUUCCUGAUAUAUUUCAAGACAAUGUCAAGUUUAUAGAAAAGUUCUCAAAGGACUGUCAUGCAACGGCACUUCAAGUACUUGAGGCGUUUGCCAUCGCUCUUGAAAUCUCAGACGAUAAAGGAGGAAACCAAUUCUUUACAUCCAAACAUAGCUAUGAACACUCCGCUGAAAUCCUCCGGUUCCUCAAAUAUCCACACGGAGGAGCAGCCGAUUACAAAGAUCCUAUUCGCGCAGGCGCUCAUUCGGAUUAUGGAUCCAUCACGCUCUUGUUUCAAAAAGAUGUACCUGGCCUUGAAGUCCAAGCAAGUCGUGAACAAUGGAUUGCAGCUCCUUUGAUUCCUGGUGCGAUUAUCGUGAACGUAGGAGACCAAAUGGAACUCUGGACAAAUGGACUUUUGAAAUCUACAAAACAUCGUGUCACUUUCUUGCCUGAACAUCAUCAUCUUGAUCGGUAUUCCAUACCGUUUUUUGUUCAUCCAAAUGAUGAUACGCCUCUAGUGCCUGUGCCUUCUAAACAUGUGGAUCAAACUCAAAAGACAACUAUGAAUGCAGGUGAACAUUUGCGACAUCGCUUAGAUGCUACUUAUACAUAUGAGAAACACUCUUAA